AUGGGUGAGAUCUGUUUUACCGACAGUGGUGUUGCUGUGGAUAUGGGUGACGUGUUUUACCGACAUUUUGAGGUUAUGGGCGAGGUUUUUAUCGACUUGGUUAUCUCAGGCUCAAGUGUUGCAGCGCCAGGAAUGGGGGAAAAAAUUCCAGGCAUGUGUUAUGAAGCUGAUGCAUAUAUCCCUGGUGCUGUUGAAGCUGCUGGUUUUACUGAUGAGAAAAGUCAGUUGUCUAAAAAUAAUCCUGGCCGAUGUGUGUUUCGCGAUGGGAUCAGCGCCACGACGUCUCGCUACUUGCUUCCCUCAUCAACGUUCCUCGACUUCGGAACUUUAAUAAGCGGUAAAACAUCACGGCAGAUAGUAGACAGCGUAAAUGAAUCAACAAAUUAUUUAGCUGCGUCAGAGUACGUAGCAACGGGACGUUUUACAUUUAACCGCAAGAAUCUCUAUUACUCAUUUUACUUGAGUGCAUCAACACCGCGCCCAAGAAGUAUUCAGUUCAUCGACAACACGGGUAGUAUCUUGGAAGAGCAGACAAUAGACCCAGUGGGCGGAGUGUACCAAAAUGCGACUGGUAAAUUGUGUGGAGUGUGGCGGCGAGUACCGCGUGACUACCGCAAACUCAUGCGAGAAGAGCAGCUGUACGUGUCACUCAUCUGGGAGACGCCGACAACUGCAACAACGUCAAAAGCGCUCCUCGUGGGUCAACUGACGCGCUACAAAGCUCUGUCCACCGAGCAGUUUUCUUCCUUGCUUGAGCCAGCAAUGGGAGUAGACAGGACCCUGAUGUACGGAGCUGCAGGUACAGCCAUAAUAUCAGUGUCUUCAGCAUCAGCGCCGUCCAUCCACGUGUCCCUGGUCUUCAACGGACUGUUCCUGCCCAACGACAUCCUGGACGUCCCUUUGCUAGUCACCAUAGAGCACCAAGAGAAGGACUACGUCCUCCUCCAAGAAGCUAUCAUCGUCGACAAGCCUUCUUCUGAUGUCAACUUCGGAGAAGUCAGAAGCGCUCUUUCUGCCACUGACUUGCGCUUGCUGUCCCGAGGGAAAUUAUCCAUCACAGUUGCUUCUAAAAAGGACCCACAGGCGGUUAAAUUGACUGGAACAAUUGGGAGCAGAGCUACUUGCGACAUGUACCAAGCACUCUUGCCAUCAGAGCCUUCAAGACACGCAUCAGGUCUUGCCUGGGCUUACCUAGAUCGCUAUGGAGUCCUGAAGUAUGGUGUGAAGCUUGCUGGUCUUGAUGAAGAAAGCCCUCUGGUGACUUUGGUCGACGACGGAGGCAAGCGUAAGACAGAAUUGGAAGACCUGACACCCACUUUAGUCGGUGGCUCCACUGCUAAUGGAUCCUUGGACCGUCCAGGACCCAGAUUGUUGGAGACUUUGUUCAAAGGAGAGCUUUCGGUGGUCGCUGCUUCGCCAGCUGGCGCUGUUCUCAAAGGAAGAUUAUCUCAGAGACAUAUUGCAGAUGCUAAGGACACUUGCUCGCCUGCGUUGUUGACUUCUUCGGUGAGCGGCUCUGUCGUAGGAUUGAUCUGGCUUGCUAUAGACACGGAUUGUUCGCUUCACUAUGAGCUAGAGCUUACAGGAUUGCCUGAAGAUGAUGAAAAGGACAUUGGGGAGGAUGAAGAAGAUGUUAAGAAUCGUAGGUUGUACUUGGAAACUGUUCCUUUGCUGGUUGAAGGAGCACCGGUGUCCAGGAGACUGCUUGAAGAGUUUGAUGGAAAUAUCUUGGAAGGUUCCGUCACUGGGUUGUCGCUGAUUGAGCUGUUUAGGAUUGAUUCAGGAAUUGGAUUUCUUGAAGUGGUUGAAGUUGAUGGUAAUACCAGCACCAAGUUGGUGAGGACACAGUUUAAGGCUCGCGCGCCUUUGAGUUGUCUUCCGCAUUAUGCGGAUAAUGAUGUUGCUUCGGUGUUGGUUUAUAAUCCUCACUCGCCGAGCUCGGAGCUGGAGAGCACUUCUUGCUUUCAUGAAACUAAGUUCUAUGAGGAAGGGACUCAGUGGACUGCGCACUCUGACCCGUGUUCUAUGUGCCAUUGUCAUAGAGGAACUGCAACAUGUGAUCCUGUUCCCUGUCCGCCUCUCAGUUGUCCGGUUAGUUUGAGGAUCAAGCCGCCGGCUGGGCACUGCUGCUCUAUAUGUCAAUUACCUAGUGACAAUACAACGAGCACGACGCCCAAUCCGAUGACAUCAACGAUGUCUUCGAAGAAAAGUAGCACUGAAGCUCUUCGUGGUUGUACUCUCGCAGGACAAUUUCACGUUGCUGGAGCUGCUUGGCAUCCUUAUUUACCACCCUCUGGUUUUGAUACAUGUGCAAUUUGUACUUGUGAUCCAAUAAAUUUAAUAGUAAGAUGUCCACGGGUCCAAUGUCCAGCAUUGGAUUGCGAUGAAAAAACAGCGAUAAGACCAGACAAAAAAGCCUGCUGCAAGCAGUGUCCAGUGGUGAGCGUGAUUCCCAUUUCCGGCACUCAAGGCCCGAUAACCAGUGAUCCUUCAUUGCCACGUGACCAGGCGAUAGUCCAGUCGCUUUAUGUCCCGAAACGGACUCCAGAAGAUAUUCUGGCCGACGGCGGAUGCAGAUAUCCCGUAGGUGGGCCCUACGAAAACGGGCGAGACUGGCACCCCAAGAUUCACUCCCACGGGGAAAUAAAAUGCGUCAAGUGUCGCUGCAAAAAUGGUGAAGUGAAGUGCGAUAGGAAGCGAUGUCCACGGUCCCUGUGCAAUUCGAUCGUUAACCAGCUCAAGCGAGGGGAACGGAUUCCGGAAGCAGACGAUUGCUGCACCGUACAGUGUAAACGCUCACGACGGCAUCACCGUAAUCAUCGUAACCACCACCAUCAUCAUAGUAAUAAUCACAACCAUCAUCAUCAUCAGCAGCAGCAACCGCAGCAACAGCAACAGCAACAA